CCACCCUGCCCCGGGAGCUCCUCAGCGUCCUUGCCCGCGCCCCUCUAUUCAGGCUCUCGCUUGUUUCCCGUGAGGGGCAACACGAGCCGUGGAGAACAGGAAUAGGGGAGGAAAAUGGCGGCUGAGAUCCGCCUACCUGGUGUGCCUAAAUGCCUAAGUCAAAGGAACUUGUGUCUUCAAGCUCAUCUGCCAGUGAUUCAGAUAGUGAAGUUGACAAAAAGGCAAAGCGGAAAAAGCAAGCAGCUCCAGAAAAGCCUGUAAAGAAACAAAAGACUGGUGAAAGUUCAAAAGGUGCAGCUUCUUCUAAGCAAAGCAGUAACAGAGACGAGAAUAUGUUUCAGAUUGGCAAAAUGAGGUAUGUCAGUGUUCGUGACUUUAAAGGGAAAGUCUUAAUUGAUAUUAGAGAAUAUUGGAUGGAUCAAGAAGGUGAAAUGAAGCCUGGCAGAAAAGGUAUUUCUUUAAAUCCAGAACAGUGGAACCAGCUGAAGGAACAGAUUUCUGAUAUUGAUGAUGCAGUAAGAAAACUGUAAAGACAGAGCCAUACAGAAACUUUUAUCAUUUUUGUUGUUUUAAGCGGUCUUUUUACAUUGGCUUUAGUUUUCUAAAAUAUUGUUUUCCAAGCUAUUGUAUAUUUGGAUUGCAAAACAAUUUGUAAGAUGAAUACUUUUUUUAUGUGCAUUAAAAGUGUAUUCUGAGUGAGGCUAUUUGUGUAUACUUUACUAAAAGGAAAUGUGUUGCUUUCACCUCAUGGUGUAAAAUAAACAAAUCAAAUAAUAUGUAAAGCA